UUGUAUUUAUUUCAGAGUGCGAAGACUCUUGUGCAAAAAGGAUUUCAAGUGUCAGUUCAAGCUGGAGCCGGACUCGGGGCUCAGUUCCGUGAUGCAGAUUACGAACAGGCUGGAGCAAAAGUUGUCCCCGGUGAUCCGAGUGCCUUAUAUGCUGCGAGCGAUGUAGUCUUAAAAAUUCGCGCCCCGCAGAUAUCUGUUGGAAAAGAUACAAACGAAGUUGGCAUGAUCAAACCCGGAAGUACACUCAUCAGUUUAGUUUACCCUGCCCAAAACAAGCCCCUGUUGGACGAACUCGGUAAGAAAAAAGCCAACCUUAUUGCUCUGGACUGCGUUCCUCGAAUUAGUCGAGCUCAGGCGUUUGAUGUGUUAUCCUCGAUGGCCAACAUUGCCGGUUACAAAGGUGUAAUAGAGGCCGCUGGAUUGUUCAAUCGGUUUUUCGCAGGAUCCGAUUUUCUAAUGAUGAAUAGCUCCUUAGGUGGUGGAGGCCAGAUCACGGCUGCUGGUCGCAUUCCUCCAGCUAAGGUGCUGGUGAUCGGUGGUGGUGUCGCCGGACUCUCUGCAGUCAGUGCGGCACGAGGACUGGGCGCUGUGGUGCGCGCGUUUGAUACUCGUGAGGCCGUUCGUGAGGAAGUUGAAUCCUUGGGUGCUGAGUUUCUCACCGUUAACAUAAAGGAAUCCGGUGAAGGUGCUGGUGGUUACGCCAAAGAGAUGUCAAAAGAGUUUUUGGACGCAGAGAUGGAAUUGUUCGCAAAACAAGCCAAAGACGUUGAUAUAAUCAUAACUAGCGCUUUGAUACCGGGAAAACCAGCUCCAAAGCUGAUCACAAAGGCCAUGGUCGAGUCAAUGCGUCCAGGCUCUGUGAUUGUCGAUUUGGCUGCCGAAGCCGGUGGCAAUGUUGAAACCACCAAACCGGGCACUUUGUACUAUCAUCAAGGUGUGGCACAUGUGGGUUACACAGAUUUCCCCAGUCGCCUACCCGGACAGUCUUCAUCGUUGUUCUCAAACAACGUAACGAAUCUCCUAUUGUCUCUAACGCCCCCUGGAAACAAAGAUCAUUUCUAUUUAAACCUGGAAGAUGAAGUUGUUCGAGGCAGUUUAGUUUUACACGAGGGGACGCUUAUUUGGCCUCCUCCGCCAGCGCCACAACCUCCACCACCUCCACCAAAACCAGCCGCGGCCAAACCCGCAGUUGUAACCGCAGCUGCACCAACUCCUGAAACUUUAUUCCGUAGUAAAUUGCGGUCCACUUUGGGAACCGCAGUAGGAUUUUCCGGGCUGGUCGGACUUGGUUUGGGCUCUCCUUCUCCCGCAUUCACCAAUAUGCUGACUACCUUCGGGUUGGCCGGAAUCGUGGGCUAUCAUACCGUAUGGGGUGUGACUCCUGCGCUCCACUCCCCGUUGAUGUCUGUCACGAAUGCCGUAUCCGGAAUCACCGCUGUCGGUGGUCUGCUACUGAUGGGUGGAGGUUAUCUGCCUCCGGGAUUGCCCCAAUAUUUGGCUGCUUCAGCCACCUUGCUGUCGGCAAUCAACAUUGGUGGCGGGUUUGUGGUUACUCAGCGUAUGCUCGAUAUGUUCAAACGACCCACAGAUCCACCUGAAUACAAUUACUUGUAUGCACUCCCGGCUACCGCCUUGUUAGGCACCUACGGCUAUGGUGUAUUGAGCUCUGGAAACUUGAUCCCGGAUGAUUUGCACCAGGCUACUUAUCUUGCCGCCUCACUUUGUUGUAUCGGUGCAAUCACAGCUUUGUCUAGUCAAAAAAGCUGCCGAGUCGGCAAUGUUCUUGGAAUGAUUGGUGUAUCCAGCGGUUUGGUGGCCACGCUGGGUCUACUGCAACCCAACCCGGAGCUCAUGGCUCAGAUGACCGCUUGUCUAAUGGGCGGUGCUAUGAUUGGCGGCUAUGCAGCCAAGAAGAUCGAGGUUACUGAUCUCCCUCAAAUGGUGGCACUUUUCCACAGCCUGGUCGGAGCUGCAGCUGUGCUCACCUGCGUUGCAAACUACAUGAUUGAAGCUCCCGAAAUGUUGGCAAAUCCGGAAGCUUAUGGAGCUGUACAACUGAUGAAAACAGUAGCCUACUUGGGUACUUACAUUGGAGGUAUCACUUUGACGGGCUCUUUGGUGGCGUUUGGAAAGCUGCAAGGUGCGGAUAUGCCUGUUGUCAUUACGGUUUUGAACAGCUAUUCCGGUUGGGCAUUAUGCGCUGAAGGAUUCAUGCUGAACAAUAGCCUCAUGACUGUGGUUGGUGCCCUGAUCGGAUCAAGUGGUGCUAUUCUGUCGUACAUCAUGUGCAAAGCUAUGAAUCGCUCGCUACCCAACGUCAUCAUGGGUGGCUAUGGAACGAGUUCAUACGCCGGAGGCCAAGCCAUGACUAUCACUGGCACUCACCGCGAAACUGAUGUGACCACUGUGGCCAGUCUCCUGGAGGAUAGCAAGGAGGUAAUUGUCGCCCCUGGCUACGGUCUUUGUGUAGCUAAAGCUCAAUACCCGCUAGCGGAAUUGGCUAAAGAAUUAACUAAGCGAGGAAAACGCAUCCGAUUUGCUGUCCAUCCAGUUGCUGGUCGUAUGCCCGGUCAGUUGAAUGUGCUUUUGGCUGAGGCUGGUGUACCGUACGAUAUGGUGUUCGAAAUGGAUGAGAUCAAUGCUGACUUCCCCAAAACGGAUGUCGUAUUAGUGAUUGGAGCCAACGAUACGGUAAACUCGGCUGCGGAAGAAGACCCUAACUCUAUCAUCGCUGGCAUGCCUGUGCUCCGAGUCUGGUUGGCGAAAAAGGUCAUCGUUGUCAAGCGGACGUUGGGUGUUGGUUAUGCGGCGGUUGACAAUCCAGUUUUCUUCAAGGACAAUACUGAUAUGCUUCUGGGUGAUGCCAAGAAAGUGUGUGAUGGGCUGCUGAACGCAGUGAAGGGCGAGUAG